AUGGAAGACAAAGAGAGUACAGAAUCAGGUUCACUUGGUGUUAACUCAGAAUAUGACUCACCACCACCACCACAACCACAACCACAACAACCACCACCAGUAGCACCACAAGCAACAACAAAUGGGGGUGGUGGGAUAUUACCACCACCCCAAGUGAUGAAUAUGAACAUGAAUAUGAAUAUAGCAACUGAAGGGGUUGUUAUUGGGGGUAAUGGUAGUGAAAAAAAGAAGAGAGGGAGACCAAGAAAGUAUGAUGCUGAUGGUAAUUUAACACCACAAUAUAUUAAAGCUGCUGCUGCUGCUGCUGCCUCUAAAGCUGCUGCUGCUGCCGGAGUAGUGACGUCACCUGGUGGUGGCGGAGUGACGUCACCACCGGGAGGUUUUACUAUAACGUCACCACCUAAUUCAGGUGGUGGUGGUUAUAGUUCAUCUAAUACUACUACUAAAAGAGGACGUGGUAGACCUGCUGCUGGUGCUGCUAACUUGCAGUUAAUUGCUUCUUUGGGUGAACUAUUUGCACAUACAGCUGGUGGAGAUUUUAUGCCACAUGUUUUUACUGUGCAUACUGGAGAGGAUGUGGCAGGGAAAAUUUAUUCUUUUAUGCAGAAGGGUUCAAGAGGGAUCUGUGUUUUGUCUGCAAAUGGAGCUGUUUCUAAUGUUACCAUUCGUCAGCCUGGUUCUUCUGGUGGUCUUUUGACAUAUGAGGGCCGCUUUGAGAUCUUAGCAUUAACUGGAUCAUACACUGUUUCUGAAAAUGGCGGCAUGAAAAGUAGGUCUGGUGGAUUAAGUGUUUCAUUGGCUGGCCCAGAUGGGCGUGUUAUCGGUGGUGGUAUUGCUGGUUCGCUAACUGCUGCAAGCCCCAUCCAAAUGGUGGUCGGAAGUUUCAUGCCAAAUGCUUUUAAAACACAAACUAAAAGGAAACAUCAUCAGAUCGAACCAAGAAUGCCACCUGUCAUCCACAGCUCUUCUCCGGACCCCGUUUCAAUGGUAAGACCUGUAUCACAAGCACCACCGGUUAGCAAUAUGACUAUGACUCAGACAUCUCAAAUACCAAUCCAUAACCACCAUGGGGAAGCCGAUAACAGCACGAGCAACAAAGAUCUGCCGAAUUCCACUUCUACCGACACUUCUGACUGUAACGGAUCGGAACCAACGUUCGAGCAGAGACCAUAUCCCGAUAUUAACUUGUCUAUACCUAUGGAGUAAGCUCGAUGGGUCGGGCAAAAAGUUGACUAUAGUUGUUUUAUGUUUAGCUGAUUCCUUGUUUUUUCUCGUCUGUGCUGAUUGUAAUUUUGAGGGAUCAUUAGGACUGGUGGCUUAGAGACUUUUGAAGUAUCAUGCUGACAUGACUAGAAAGAGGGCUAAUAUAUCUUUGUUUUCUGGUUGUUGUAACGUUUAUACAGAUCUUUGUUCUUAACUUCUUUUUAAGGAUAUUAUCUAGGAAGAGAUGAUGUAGUUGCAUUUAUGUCAGUUGGAAGUAAAAGGACACUGAUUCAUUCUUA